AUGAAAAGGUUCGCAAACUGUAAACCAGACAAAAGAGUAUUAGCAAAGGCGACUUCCGCUGCAUUACUUGCUGCCCGGAAGCAUAUCAGAUCCAUCGGUGGAAAACGGCUGAUUCAGCUUCCACGAGUUAUACCUAUUCCCAAGGUUGGAGGCAUCCUUCCUUUGAUACCAAUUUUUGCCGGUCUUUCAGCAUUAGGUAGUCUAGCUGGGUGUAUUGCCAACAUAACAAGAGCUGCUAAAACAGCUAGUUCAGUGCGUGAGCAAAUUCAAAAUAAAAGCACUUCACCACCUUCUUCUAAUGAGAAUCGAAUUGGGGAUGAUCUCUUCUGA